CUUCCCUCUUCAAGAGUUGUAGUUGUUGUGUGAGCAGAUCUAACGUUAGCUUGUAGUCCUGUCCCUCGGCAGGCAGCUAAAUUAGCUGGCUAACUGGCUUCCACAGCAGGAUAAAUCAUCUCUGUUUCCCCGUUAUUAACAUCUGAGAGGAGUCCAUCUUCUGGCGAGAUCAUGGCAGAUUUCUCGCUGGCAGAUGCUUUAGGAGACGACAGCCCGAGCCAGGCAAAGAAAAUAGGCAAUAAUAACCCGUCUGCUCCUGCCAGCCAUCCCCCACCUCCUACAAAUCCAGGAUGGCCUGGUUCAGCCCCUGGAGCACCCACCCAGCCCUCUGCUCCGGGUGACUUCACUGGUGGAUCAUCCGGCCCUGGAGCACCAGGUCAGUUCCCGUUCCCUUCUGGUCCUGGAGCGCCAGGGCAAUACCCAGGACCUCCUUCAGCACCUGGUGGGUUCCCCCCUGGUCCUGGGAUACCUGGACAAUAUCCACCUGCACCAGGAGCUCCAGGGCAGUUCCCUUCCAGCCCUGGAGCCCCUGGGCAGUUCCCAGGGCAUUACCCACCUGAAGGAGCUCCAGGACAGCUACCUGGAGGCCCUGUUCCUUACCCAACUGGACCAUUUCCUUCUGGCCCUGGAGCUCCCCCUGGGCCUUAUCCAAAUGUGCCUUUCCCAGGUGGUCAGCCAGGAGGAGGAAAUGGCAUGUAUGGACCAGGCGGUCCAGGUGGAUUCCCCCCUCCAGCUGGCCCUGGCUCUUUCCCUGCGUUCCCUGCUGGAGGCUUUCCCCCAAUACCCACUGGGUCAUGGGGACCACCUGCAGGUGGAGGCUUCCCUCCUGCUCCUGGCCCCUUCGGACCUGGCCCUGGGCCUAUGUGUCCAUAUGGUGGGCCUACUGCUCCAGGUGGCAUGCUGAUGGUGCCGUAUGAUCUCCCUCUUCAUGCUGGAAUUAUGCCACGACUUUUGAUCACAGUAGUCGGGGAGCCCAUACCUGGUGCAGACAGGUUCAAUGUUGACUUCAUCAAAGGUCAAGAUGUCGUCUUUCAUUUCAAUCCUCGGUUUCAUGAGCAAACUAUUGUUAGAAACUCCAACCUGGGUGGAUGCUGGGGUCCAGAGGAGCGGGAAGGAGGCUUCCCGUUUGUUCAGGGAAGCCGUUUUGAGCUGAAGAUCCUUGUAGAGGAGGACAUGUUUAAAGUGGCGGUGGACGGCACUCACCUGCUGGAGUACGAGCACAGAGUCGGCGGGCUGGAGGAAGUCACCCUGCUGCGAGUCUGCGGAGACAUCACCCUCUACAGCGCAGCCCCGAGCAUGAUCUGAAUCUCAGAGCUACGAAGCCACAAGCUGUACAGGAGACAUAGGUCAAAUGUAACCACUGUAUUUCUGUAUUUGAAAUCCCUUCAAAUACUUUGAUGCAUUUGAUGGAAUUUGCAAGGCACAAUAGUCAGCACAGUGCAGUCUUUGCUCUCCUGGCAGAUUAACCCAGGUCUGCACACUAUAAUCCUUUUCUUUUUUUACUGGAUGACUUCCCAUUUUAUAGCAACUCACAAUCUGAUAUAUUUUAUGACAUAACAGCGUAGUAUUCAACGGGGUGAAGUGCAUUUAAAACAGAUAUUUUAAGGAAAUACUAAUUUAUUCCUAAUGAAAAGAUUGUAGGCCAAGUGGAAAAGUGUGACAAUGUCCCAAACAUUUCAUAUAUUUUCCACUAGUAUGCUGUAUUUUGUUUACAGUACGUGUAUGCUUAUUAUUCUGUCCUUUAUAUCAAAACAUUGAUAAGCCUUUGUAAUGCAUGAGAGUAUGAUGAUGCUGAAAAUCAACUAGUUCUCCUUCUCAGUCGUAUAUCAGUGCUGGCCAACACACAGUAGGCUAAUGAUGAAGUUUCUUCAAAUUUAUCUAAAUACAGACUCUGAUCUCCUCCUUUGUUCAGUAUUAAUCCUCUUGAGCUCUCGGACUGGAGGGUCGGGUGCUGUUUUACGAAUUAUGAUUUCAUGUUGAAGUCAGAUCUACUUACUCUAAAAAACAUUAGGGUCAAAUUUAAAUGUAGAAAAGGGGAGGAAAUGGGCCCUAUGAUUUGUUGCCAAAGAUAACAGUGGUAUAGUAUUUUUAGAGUGUUUGCUUAUAAAUAAAGGGGCAACAAAUGAA